CAGACAGCCCUGUCUUCAUUAGAAAUCCAAGAUGGCGGAAGAACGUGGUCGGGACAGAAAUCAGUCCGAAUCUGCCAGUCUGGGCGGCAGCGAAGACCAGGAAUCCUUCGUCAACGGGCACGAUGAACCGGACUUCAGCGAUCCUGAAGACUACGUGGACAACAUUUCCGACGAAGAGCUCCUUGGAGACCUUCUGAAACAGAAACCGAAGGAAGCGGACGGCAUCGACUCGGUGAUCGUGGUGGACAACGUGCCGCAGGUCGGGCCGGAGCGGCUGGAGAAACUCCAGAACGUCAUCAGGAAAAUCUUCUCCAAGUUUGGCAAGAUCGUGAGCGAGUACUUCCCCGAGGGAGACAAUGGCAAGACUAAGGGGUACAUCUUCCUGGAGUACUCAUCCCCAGCUAACGCCCUGGAAGCCGUGCGGAACUGUAACGGCUACAAACUGGACAAACAGCACACCUUCGCUGUCAACCUCUUCUCCGACUUCGACAAGUAUUCUGGAAUCCCAGAGGAAUGGGAGGCACCAGAACAACAACCCUACAAAGACCCGGGAAACCUGUGGUACUGGCUGGAGGAUGCUGAGUGUAAUGACCAGUACAGUGUGAUCUAUGAUGGCGGGGAGAGGACCGCCAUCUUUACCAACACGUACGGCGGCACCGAGCAGUCACUGGUCGAGGAACGUGCCAGGUGGACUGAGACCUAUGUACGCUGGUCGCCGAAGGGCACGUACUUGGCGACGUUUCACCAGCGCGGAAUCGCUCUGUGGGGAGGCGAGAAGUUCCGCCAGAUCCAACGGUUCAGUCACCAGGGAGUUCAACUGAUCGACUUCUCUCCUUGUGAGAGGUACAUGGUGACCUUUAGCCCCCUGAUUGACAGUAAGGAUGAGCCCCAGGCCAUCAUUAUCUGGGACAUCAACACAGGAGUGAAGAAGAGAGGCUUCCACUGUGAGAACGCUGCUCAAUGGCCCAUCUUCAAGUGGAGUCAUGAUGGCAAAUACUUUGCCAGGAUGGGACAGGACAGUCUCAGUGUGUAUGAAACACCAUCAUUUGGUCUCUUGGAAAAGAAGAGUAGCAAGAUUCCUAAUAUAAGAGAGUUUUUCUGGUCUCCGUCUGACAACAUCAUCGCAUACUGGACCCCAGAGAAGGACAACAUCCCGGCCCGCGUCACGCUUCUGGAGAUCCCGUCCCGUCAGGAGAUCCGAACCAAGAACCUCUUCAGCGUCGCCGACUGUAAGAUCUACUGGCAAAAGCAGGGAGACUACCUGUGUGUCAAGGUGGACCGAUACACCAAAAGCAAAAAGGGCUUGUUCUAUAACUUGGAGUUGUUUAGGAUGAGAGAGAAACAAAUUCCUGUGGAUGUUGUGGAAGUAAAGGAGGUGGUGAAUGCCUUUGCCUGGGAGCCUAAUGGAGAGAAGUUUGUAGUCCUCCAUGGAGAGUCUCCCCGCAUCAGUGCCAGCAUCUACAAGAUGUCCAACAAGGUCGAGCUGCUCAAAUGUAUGGAGAAGAAGCAGGCCAAUCACCUGUUCUGGAGCCCCCAGGGGCAGUUUGUGGUCCUGGCAGGACUCCGCAGCAUGAACGGUGCCCUGGAGUUUAUUGAUACCAACGACAUGACGGUGAUGAACGUGGCGGAACACUUCAUGGCGACCGACGUGGAGUGGGACCCGACCGGGCGCUACGUCAUCACGGCCGUGUCCUGGUGGGGACACAAGGUGGACAACGCCUUCUGGCUGUGGUCGUUCCAAGGACGGCUGCUACACAAGCAGAACCUGGACCGCUUCUGCCAGCUGCUGUGGCGUCCACGGCCCCCCUCCCCCCUCACCGCAUCGCAGAUCAAGAAGAUCAAGAAGAACCUGAAGCAGUACCAGAAGCAGUUUGAGAUCAAGGACAAGAUGAGGAUGUCCAAGGCCUCCAAGGAGCUGGUUGAGAAGCGCCAUGCUCUUAUGCAGGACUUUGAGAAGUACCGUAAGAAGAAGCGAGAGCUGGUCCGCCAGCAGAAGGAGCAGCGGCUGGGACUCCGAGGAGGAGUGGACACAGAUCGUAUGGACAGCGAAUCAGACGUGGAAGACGAAAAGAUCGAGUUCUUCGUCAAAGAAGAAACCAUCGUCCUCAGCAAAUAGUCGCAGAAAUCGUCUUUACAGAUAAAAUGCGUCGAUCACAUUUUUAGCAGGAUAUUUGAAGACAAUUAUGGCUUGUGUAGGAUUAGGCUGUGAAAGUAUUAUGACUUGCUAUAAAUCAAGUAAUAGGUAAUCAUAAUAAAUUCUCAUGUAUAAUGUCUGGUAGAUUUGGGACAUACAUUUGUUAUUCAUGCAUUUUUCUUGUAGUUAAUAGUAUAUAACAGUACUUUGGACUGCAGCAUCAUGAAUUUAUAUGUGUGCUAAGUUGUUUUCCAUAGCAAAAGUUAAGUUGUAAAGAGGUAACAUCUACUAAUAUGAUUCUGCCAAGUUACAUAUGUCUGCUACCCUGAAAAAAUGAGUUUUCAAUCCCAUUAUAAUAAACUCCUGCAUAUCUGCACUAGCUAUCGCUAGAGGAUAGCUGUUGUUUUGGGGUGAGGGGCUCUUCUGUAAAUCAUUAAAGUACAUAAAGGAAAUAAGAAUAUUUCAGCCACUAACAGUAGUACAAAAUUAAGAAUAAAAAAAAAAAUUAUAGUAACAUACAUAAUUAGUACCAGUUCCAUAUCUGCCAGAUACAUUAUAUAUACAUACAUAGUGUAUUCAAAAGUGCCUAUUGUUUCAACAUAUUAUCUUCACAAUAAAAUUGUCCUAUACGA